GCGGCGUCUGGGUUCGGGCUGCCGAGCGGGCGGUGUGUUAGCAGUCAGUGCAGACGACGCGGGCCGGGGCAGGAGGACUGGCACCUGAAGCCGGACUCGCAGCUCUUGACUUCACGAUCGGGCGGCGGUGCUGCUGCUGCGGGACUGGGGCGCGCGACCGGGCGGGACGGAAGACUGCAGGACAGCUGGGCGGCGGGCGCCGCGGGCUGGGGCGCGCCAGAUGAUGGAUUUGGACGUGCUUCUAUGAAGAAAUGCCGCGUGGUCCAAGAGCAAACAUGUCCAGGUUACUGCCACCUUAGAGGACUAGGGCUUGGUAACAGCGCUUCCCAGGGAAUCAGGCGUGGUCUGAUCCAGGAAGAGGAAGCAUAUCAUCACCAAUGACAUCAUGACAGCAAGAGAGCAGAGCCCUCGCCAUGGCGCCAGGGCCCGUGCCAUGCAGCGGGCUUCCACCAUCGAUGUGGCGGGCGACAUGCUGGGCCUCUCUCUGGCAGGAAAUAUACAAGAUCCGGAUGAGCCCAUUUUAGAAUUCAGCUUAGCUUGCAGCGAGCUGCAUACUCCAUCGCUAGAUCGAAAACCAAAUAGUUUUGUGGCAGUGAGUGUAACCACCCCUCCUCAGGCAUUCUGGACGAAGCACGCACAGACGGAGAUCAUUGAGGGAACCAACAAUCCUAUAUUUCUGAGCAGCAUUGCCUUCUUUCAAGACUCUCUUAUCAAUCAGAUGACACAAAUCAAGCUAUCUGUAUACGAUGUCAAAGAUAGAUCUCAGGGAACAAUGUAUUUACUGGGCUCUGGAACAUUCAUUGUCAAAGAUCUGCUCCAGGACAGGCAUCAUAGGUUACAUUUAACACUAAGGUCUGCAGAGAGUGACCGUGUGGGCAACAUCACUGUUAUUGGCUGGCAGAUGGAGGAGAAAUCAGACCAGCGGCCCCCUGUGACCCGAUCUGUGGACACUGUCAACGGGAGGAUGGUUCUACCUGUUGAUGAGAGCUUGACUGAGUCAUUGGGAAUCCGCUCCAAAUAUGCUUCCUUGAGAAAAGACACUCUGCUGAAAUCAGUGUUUGGUGGCGCCAUCUGCCGCAUGUACCGGUUUCCAACCACCGACGGCAACCACCUGCGGAUCCUGGAGCAGAUGGCAGAGAGCGUGCUUUCCCUGCACGUGCCGCGGCAGUUCGUGAAGCUCUUGCUAGAAGAAGAUGCGGCCAGAGUGUGUGAGCUGGAGGAGUUGGGGGAGCUGUCCCCUUGUUGGGAGAGUCUCCGACGCCAAAUCGUCACCCAAUACCAGACUAUCAUCCUCACAUACCAGGAGAACCUAACUGACCUCCAUCAGUACAAAGGUCCCUCGUUUAAAGCAAGCAGUUUGAAAGCAGAUAAAAAGUUAGAAUUUGUUCCCACAAAUUUGCACAUACAAAGGAUGAGAGUUCAAGACGAUGGAGGAUCAGAUCAGAACUACGACAUCGUCACCAUCGGAGCACCAGCAGCACAUUGCCAGGGUUUUAAGUCAGGAGGUCUCCGCAAAAAGCUGCACAAAUUUGAAGAGACCAAGAAACACAGUUUUGAGGAGUGUUGUACAUCAGCUAGCUGCCAGUCCAUAAUCUACAUACCACAGGACGUUGUCAGAGCCAAGGAGAUCAUCGCCCAGAUCAACACCCUGAAAACCCAAGUUAGUUACUACGCAGAGCGGCUCUCAAGGGCAGCCAAGGACAGGUCUGCCACUGGCCUUGAGAGGACGCUUGCCAUCUUGGCAGAUAAGACCCGGCAGCUGGUCACCGUCUGCGACUGCAAGCUGCUGGCCAACUCCAUCCACGGGCUGAACGCCGCACGGCCCGACUACAUCGCCUCCAAGGCCUCCCCCACCUCAACGGAGGAGGAGCAGGUGAUGCUUAGAAAUGACCAGGACACUCUCAUGGCCAGGUGGACCGGGAGAAACAGCCGCUCAUCCUUGCAGGUGGACUGGCACGAGGAGGAGUGGGAGAAAGUGUGGCUGAACGUGGACAAGAGCUUGGAGUGCAUCAUCCAGCGGGUGGAUAAGCUGCUGCAGAAGGAGCGCCUGCACGGCGAGGGCUGUGAGGACGUUUUGCCCUGUGCGGGCAGCUGCACCAGCAAGAAAGGUAACAGCCAUGCCUACUGGAUCAGACCGGAGGACCCCUUCUGCGAUGCCCCCUCCUCACCAUGCCCCUCCAUCGUGCCCUCCACUGCAUGCCAUCCUCAUCUGGCCACACAUUGCAGCCCCCCUCCUGAAGAGUCCAGCCCAGGAGAGUGGAGCGAGGCCCUCUAUCCGCUGCUCACCACCCUCACAGACUGCGUGGCCAUGAUGAGCGACAAGGCCAAGAAGGCGAUGGUCUUCCUGCUUAUGCAGGACAGUGCACCCACUAUAGCCACCUACCUGAGCCUGCAGCACCGUCGUGACGUCGUCUUCUGUCAGACACUGACCGCUCUCAUCUGCGGCUUCAUCAUCAAGCUGAGGAACUGCCUGCAUGACGACGGCUUCCUUCGGCAGCUUUACACCAUCGGGCUGCUGGCCCAGUUUGAGAGCCUGCUGAGCACCUAUGGUGAGGAGUUGGCAAUGCUGGAGGACAUGAGCCUUGGAAUCAUGGACUUGAGGAACGUGACCUUCAAAGUCACUCAGGCCACUUCUAACACGUCAGCAGACAUGCUGCCUGUCAUCACAGGAAAUCGCGAUGGGUUUAAUGUGCGGGUGCCCCUGCCGGGCCCACUAUUUGACGCCCUGCCCCGGGAGAUCCAGAGCGGCAUGUUGCUGCGGGUGCAGCCCGUCCUCUUCAAUGUGGGCAUCAAUGAGCAGCAGACACUGGCCGAGAGGUUUGGUGAUACAUCUUUACAAGAGGUCAUCAAUGUGGAGAGUUUGGUGCGGUUAAAUUCCUACUUUGAGCAGUUUAAGGAAGUUUUGCCUGAGGAUUGCCUACCUCGAUCUCGGAGUCAGACAUGCCUGCCGGAGCUGCUGCGGUUUCUAGGUCAGAAUGUGCAUGCCCGGAAGAAUAAGAACGUCGACAUUCUCUGGCAAGCCGCUGAGAUCUGCCGCCGCCUUAACGGGGUCCGGUUUACCAGCUGCAAGAGUGCCAAGGACCGCACGGCCAUGUCAGUGACGCUGGAGCAGUGUCUGAUCCUGCAGCACGAGCACGGAAUGGCCCCCCAGGUCUUCACCCAGGCCCUGGAGUGCAUGCGCAGUGAGGGUUGUCGAAGAGAAAAUACUAUGAAGAAUGUUGGAAGUCGCAAAUAUGCAUUUAAUUCCCUGCAGCUGAAGGCUUUCCCCAAGCAUUACAGGCCUCCCGAAGGGACUUACGGAAAAGUUGAAACAUGAACACACGGUUUUCUCUAAUUAGCUGUUAACAUAAUAAAUGUGGGUACCCUCUAGUAGUGUCAUAUAUGAACUCUUCUAGAAGACCUGAAGGAUUGGUUUUAUUUUUGUCAUUUUUAAACAAAUAUUUCAGUAAAGAGUCUAUGGAGCAUGUUCCCCCCUCCCCCAUUGGAAUCAGUAGGAGGUAAUGUUUGGCUCAAUAGCGUGGAGAGUAAUGGCUGCUCAUUCACAUAGCCUUUGGCUAUAACCACGCAGGUAUCAUUGAUAGUUACUCAUCAGAAUCAAGCUAAGUUUGUCUGAAAUGCUAGAAGACUCUUUCAAAUGUCUGUUUGCUCACCUUAUUUUUCUUCUGAGUAACUCAAAAGUGACCCUUGAAUUGCAAUCUACUUUUUAAAAAUCCAAAUGUAAAACAGUAAAUAACACAUUAAAUAACUGGAUCCUAGACAGACCAGUAGAUGUUAAAUGUUAACUCAAGUUCUGGGGAAAGAAGCUAGCACUGUCACACAGUGAAAGGAAUUGGUUCUAAUGAAUUAUCCUAUUCGCACCACCACCUAUGAGACCAGAAGUUGAAAGAAAUCUUGACAAAUCAGCCAGAGAUAAGACUUUAUUAGUAGGCAACACUUUAUUAGUAGGUAACACCUGCAAAGCAGCCCACACAAUUGGGCCACUCUUCUUUCUGUCCCUCUUGAGUUACAGAACAGGGUGACAGCUUGAGACAUAAAGUCAGCAGUAAGGGCCUUUACACUGUCUCCUGUUCUCUAAAGCUCCACGUCUAGGUCACCCCAUGCCCACAGGGCACAUCUCCCUUCCUUCUCUGGAUGCUGAGUUACAAUCAAUCGAGGACCUCUAAUGCGGCCUCUCUGAUGUCUGAGAGACAUCACUGCGAGGGGGAAGUUAUGCCUGGAGAGAUAGUUGAAACCUAAAUAUUUUCGAACCAAUGUUCUUUUGCAGGAUUUCCAAUAUAUCUUCUUCUAAAAGACAAUACAAUCAUGUUUGAAGGACUGAUAAAAGUGGCUUAUUUUUAGGUUUGCAGUAAUUGUUAUUCCUAUUCUCAUUCUGUUAUGUCCGAUGACUAUUGAGAAACAGUUGAAAUUAUCUCAAGUGAGAGUUUGAAAGGGAUUUAUGGGCCAUAAAACGUUAAGAAUUUCAUAGAAAAUUAUGUCUGGUCAUCUUUUAUAAGAUGGUGAUGUCUUAUCUGCACAUAGCAGAGUUUUUUUUCUUAGAAGUUUGUAUGUUUUAUCAAUUCUGUUUAUGAUGCUUAUGUUUACAUUUAAAAGUCUGUAAAAGAAAUGUAUGUGGCACAUAUUACUGAUGCUGAUCCUAAUGAUUUGAGAACCUCUUAGAAAUUCUUAUGUCUAAAAGUCUAGGAGCCUUUGGCUCCUUCAGAAAUACAUAACGAACUUGGGCCAGGGGUGCCCAGGGUGUUGAGACAUAGUAAGGACCACUCCUGGGCAGGGACACAGAAUGGGCAGUCAGAGCCUGCUGCCUCCAGACGCCUGCUGGGAGGAAGAUGUGAGGUGGCAGAGGACGCUGUCACAGGGGACGCACUCUCUGCCCCUCCCUCAAAGCUGGGUUCACUGAAGGGUGGGAGGCUGGUUGCAGAGGCUCCUCUUUAAAUGUCAAUCUUUGUUCAAAGACAGUUUUUAAUAUGGCUGAUCCAGCCUUUCACCAUUUCAUCUUUUAUUUCUAAUUUUUUAGUUCCAUCUUUUCUCAUUUUAAUGUCACUACCUUUUAAAAAAUUGCCAUGUUUUUUAAAGUGUAACCCAUACCGUUUUCGGAAUUUUUCUUUGUCUGAAGAACAUUAACUAUCUGCACUUAUCAAAGGGAAUAGAACAUAUGUUGAGUCAUCUGUCAGUUUUGCAUGUGGCACAUUUAUAUGAAUUAUUUUCCCGACUUUUGCUUUAUAUUAUUGGUCAUCAUAAAACUCUAAUCAUCGGCUAAUCAUGUAGAAAAGCUCCAGUUUCAGUAUUCUCUCUGGAGGCGUUGUUCCCGGGCUCAUGGUGGCGUCACACGCUCCCCAAGCUUACCGGGAGGGGGCCCGUGGUCUGGCCUCGGAGGCAGCAGCACCUCUCUUUCCAUACAAGCUUUGUGUUUGUAGUUGCACAGGGAAGGCAGUUUUACAGGUUACUGUAAAAUAGAGGUCCCGUCCAGUAUUCCUUACAAGGCCUCCCCAUUUAAUAAGUGAAAUGAGAUCUAUGGAAAACUGGGAAUGCCCCGUGGGUUCUGUCAGAGCUCCUGCAGCACAGUUGCCUUUAGUUUCCUUUAAAGAUGUAAAAAUAUUGUAUAAUACAGUUUUGUCCCUACACAAUUGUAUUUGCCAAGCUUAGUGCAUUAAAAUACUUUUAUUUAUUUGUUUGGGGCAGUAUUAAUAUACAUAAACAUGUAGUUACUGUUUUAUAUAUUCUUAGCUCAUUCAAAGCCAUGUAUGCUGUAAAUGUGCUAGUCUUUAGAAUGACAAAUAAUAAAUAACUGACAAGAAUAUUAA